CUACCUAGCCUGCCGUUUCUGGAUAUUUUUUCCCCAGCAUUUACCUGUCUGCUUGAGAAAGUCCAUCGUUUGCCUAUGCAGAUCAGGAGAUCAGCGUUCAUCUUUGGAAGCCACUGAAGCAUUUUCCCUGCCUAUAAAGCAUGUUGGUUCCUGAAAUAACAGUGAGCACCAUGUGAGGAGAAGCUCCAAAAGGCAGAAAGGAGGCAGAGGACAAGAAGAGAAACACCUCCCUACCCAAUCUUGGGGACACGGGUGGAAUGCCAGAAUGUCAGUGCUUAGUCCUAUCCUGACCCCUCCUAAGGUGAAGAAGUACAUGAUUGAAGGUGAACGCUUUAUCAAAUGGGAUGACGAAUCUGCAAAUGCACACCCUGUCAUUCUACGGGUGGAUCCAAAAGGAUUUUAUCUGUAUUGGACUUUUCAAAAUAAGGAAACUGAAUUUUUGGAUAUUACAAGCAUCCGAGACACUAGAGUGGGGAAAUUUGCAAAGAUUCCUAAAAAUCACAAGCUCCGAGAAGUUUUCAACUUGGAUUUUCCAAACAGCAACUUUCUUCACAAGAUAUUGACUGUGGUUUCUGGUCCUGAUAUGGUGGACCUCACAUUUCACAAUUUUGUUUCUUAUAAAGAAAAUGUUGGAAAGAACUGGGCAGAUGAUAUCAUGGACUUCAUUAGGAACCCCUUUAUAUACAAUGCUUCCCGCUACACUUUCCUGGAGAAAAUCCUGGUUAAACUGAAGAUGCAGCUGAAUGCUGAGGGGAAAAUUCCUGUCAAGAAUAUUUUUCAAAUGUUUCCCGCGGACAGAAAAAGGGUAGAAGCAGCAUUAAGUGCCUGUCAUCUUCCACAGGGGAAGAAUGAUGGUAUCAAUCCAGAAGACUUUCCUGAAAAAGUAUAUAAAACAUUCCUGAUGAACCUGUGUCCUCGGCCAGAUAUUGAUGAAAUAUUUACCUCACACCAUUCAAAAGCCAAGCCGUACAUGACGAAAGAUCACUUGACAAAAUUUAUCAACAAGAAACAGCGAAAUUCCCAACUCAAUGACACGCUUUUCCCUCCUGCCAAACCAGACAGAGUACAGGGUCUCAUAGAAAAAUAUGAGCCCAGUGGGAUGAAUAUUCAAAGAGGGCAACUAUCUCCUGAGGGAAUGGUUUGGUUCCUGUGUGGUCCUGAAAACAGCAUCGUGUCUCAGAACAAACUGCUGCUAUACCAAGAUAUGAACCAGCCACUCUCCCAUUAUUUCAUCAACUCAUCCCACAACACUUACCUAACAGUCAAGCCAGUUGAGGAGGGUGAAAAAGUUCCUGAAGCAGAGAGAAAUUUGGAAAACCUAAAUGAGGAAGAGAUUAAAAAGCUACAGUCUGAUGAGGGAACUGCAGGUCUGGAAGUGACUGCCUUUGAAGAAAUGUCCAGUCUGGUGAAUUACAUUCAGCCCAUCAAAUUUGAGAGUUUUGAAAUUUCAGCACAGAAAAACCAGAGUUUUGUUGUUUCCUCCUUCACUGAGUUGAAGGCUUAUGAGUUGUUGACCAGGUCACCCAUCCAGUUUGUCGACUACAACAAAAGACAGAUGAGCCGAAUUUAUCCCAAAGGUACUCGGAUGGAUUCUUCUAACUAUAUGCCACAGAUGUUCUGGAAUGUUGGGUGUCAAAUGGUGGCAUUAAACUUUCAGACAAGUGAUGUCCCAAUGCAGCAGAACAUGGCUCUGUUUGAAUUCAAUGGGCAAAGUGGCUAUCUUCUUAAACAUGACUUCAUGCGUCGUCCAGACAAGCACUUUGAUCCUUUUUCAGUGGAUCGGAUUGAUGUAGUUGUGGCAAGCACUUUGUCAGUCACCAUCAUUUCUGGCCAGUUCCUUUCAGAACGCAGCGUGAAGUCCUACGUAGAGGUAGAGUUGUUUGGCCUACCAGGAGAUCCAAAGCGUAGAUACAGAACCAAAGUGACACCAAAUGCCAACUCAAUCAACCCUAUAUGGAAUGAAGACCCUUUUGUGUUUGAAAAGAUUUUGAUGCCAGAGUUGGCUUCUCUCAGAAUAGUAGUUUUGGAAGAAGGUGGGAAGUUCAUUGGUCACCGCAUUAUCCCAGUUACUGCUGUGUGCUCUGCUGGACAGUUUUCUGGACUCUCGUCUCCUGAAAUGUAUCGCCAAACUCUCUUGGCUGGUUGUCGUUGUGUGGAACUUGAUUGCUGGAAGGGACGUCUUCCAGAUGAGGAACCAAUCAUCACCCACGGGUACACUAUGACAACUGAAAUACUAUUCAAGAUCUUCACAUCCUCCAGGCUGAUCUUGAUCUUGAAAGCCUUACUUAACUCAGGAUCAAGAUGUACAACUGGUAUUACCAGCAUCCUGAUGUUACUACAUUCCCACAUUGGAGGAUAA